AACUGCUCUGAAGAUUCUUCGGUUUCUGUGUGCUGGUGUCAGUGGAAAGGACAAGGACACGAACGAAUUGAUUUCCAACGGCCAUGAGUCGAAACUAGAUGGUACUGAAGUAUUGUGCUACCCCGUGGAAAGACCCAGCUCAUGCUGGGCUGUGGCAGAGUGAGGACGAGAGCAAGAGAUCAAGCCUUGCAACUGGCGAACAGUGAAAUAAUUUCGCAUAAGUGCAACCAUCCUCCCUGUUGGGCCUUGUCGUUGUCGCGAGGAUUCUCUCAGCCAGUUCCUUAUGAUUGAGAUCACAUAAGGUUUAUCUUGUCGAGCGUGGACUUCACGUCGGCACGGCAGCAUGGUGAGAGGCGCUGCAAGCAAGAUCGAUCCCUUCAACGACCCGGCCAUUCGGGGUUUUUUCAAUCCCAAGGAUCCAGAAGUUGUCUAUGCUGACUUCAGGGAAAUUGGCCAUGGCGGCUUCGGGUCUGUUUAUUACGCGCGUGACAAUGUCACCAGCGAGGUGGUGGCCAUCAAGAAGAUGGCAUACAGUGGCAAGCAGGCACAAGAGAAAUGGCAAGACAUCGUAAAGGAGGUGAAGUUCUUACGCGAGUGUGCGCACGAUCACAUUGUUCUUUACAAGGGCUGCUUCAUCAAGGAGUGCCAUGCCUGGCUGGUCAUGGAGUACUGUAUUGGAUCAGCGUCGGACAUUAUCGAAGUGCACAAAGCACCGUUGGAGGAAGACGAGAUCAGUGCCGUGUGCCACGGUGCGCUCCAAGGACUUCUCUACCUUCACGGACAUGACCGGAUCCAUCGCGAUAUCAAAGCGGGCAACAUUCUUCUAACCGAUACUGGCCGAGUCAAGUUAGCUGACUUUGGCUCAGCGUCCUUCGUUUCGCCAGCGAAUUCCUUCGUGGGGACUCCUUACUGGAUGGCACCAGAAGUAAUCCUUGCCAUGGACGAGGGCCAGUAUACGGGCAAUGUGGAUAUCUGGUCUCUUGGUAUCACGUGUAUCGAGCUGGCUGAACGCAAACCGCCGUUGUUCAACAUGAAUGCCAUGUCUGCGCUCUACCACAUAGCGCAGAACGAACCACCGACGCUGAAGGAUGCACAUGAGUGGUCAUCAACAUUUGUCGACUUUGUUGCCCAAGCACUCCACAAGGAGCCAGAAAACCGGCCGUCAUCUUCUCAUCUUAUGCAGCAUCGGUUUUUGGAUCGCACUGAUAUGCCCAAAAGCAUACUGGGGAUGAUCUCAAGAACGAAGCGAGCCGUGCGCAAGCUGGAUAAUCUCAACUACCGCAAGAUGAAGAAGGUACUGAUGGCGGACGGUGAAGACAGCGACCUGGACCUACUCGACGUCACCGUCAGCCAUUUAGCUCUGGACGAGCGACAGACUGCGGACCGAGAGUCUCAGACGUCCGAUGCCGACACGGAGGUGAGCAGUACUGCGGAGAAGAUGGACAGUGACAUGGAUGAGCAAAGCUGUGAUAACAUCUCGACGUCGGGCCAUCACGAUGCUGCUGGUGACUCUAGACUGGCCAACAUGGGUUUUGACUUGUCAGCAAGCAGUACAACGCCCACCGGUCCCCCCUCUGCCUCCUCGGCGGCCGGCAAUGGAGCAGUGGGUAGCAGCUCCAGCAACAACACCCUGGGUCACCGUAACAGCGUGCAGAGUCCCGGCGACUCCAUCGUUGGCACGCCGACCAACUCCACAAUGGCCUCGGUCACCAGUGGCGGCGAGCCGACCCUGACGGUGGAGAGUCGCAGUGAACGAGGUGACAUAGCAGCGGCGGCACCAAUCCCUUCAACGCCCUCCAACCACCAUCAUCGUGGCAGUGUCACGUCGGCGGCAAGUCGAACAAGCCUGCCCAGAGCAGCACCACCCGUCGCAGCGGCAGCGAGCGCAAUGUCAUCGUCCGCGCCCACGAGCAGCGAAGGCUCCACAUCGACACGACCGAAAGUCUCGAGCCAGUUAAGCGGUGGCUCGGUAAGGAGCGGUGCUCCGGAUUUCGUGGCAAGCCCGGGUGGCGGCAGUGGCUCCAUGUCCGCUCCCACGUCGAGAACAAAUAGUGCGGGUACGGCAGCACCGCUAAGCAGGAAAACCAAGUCAUCGUUCCACGAGGCAAUGAAGACAACGUUAGAGCGGCCGGAAAGUGCGGAGAGCUCCGAGAGCGGUAUGUCCUCUUCAAUGUCGUCCGUCUCCUCCUCAAUCCUGAGCAGCGGUGCCACAGGAAACGACAUGAGCUCACCAACUCCCUCGCCGUUCACGAUCUCCAUAACAGCUGUUAAUAGACCGAUGACGUAUGAGAACUCUCAGUUCAGCACCCUGCGUCCGCAAGCGCUGGUCGACAAGGAACAGGAGCAGCACUUGGAGGCCAACAACUUCCGCGAGCAGAUGGCACUGUACAAAGACCUGCGCCAACAGCAUACAAAGCAGCUUCGGAAUCUCAAUCGCAAGCAGAAUGACGAGAUGACGGAUCAUCGACGGGUGCUUGAUCGCGAGAUUGAAGCACAGAGUCAUCUUUAUGAGCGCGAGAUGGAGAAAGUGCGAGUGAAGGCCAGAACCGAGCUGGAGAGCAAGUGCCGUAACCUGACACACGAGGAGAAGAAGUUCUGUCGCCAGCAGAAAGACCAUCAUGACAGCGAACUGAAGGCUUUUCAAAACUCCCUCAAAGCUCAGUAUAAGGAGCAGAAAGUCGUCUCCAAAAAGGAGCUGGAAGAGGAUUCGUCGCUGACUUCCUCUGACCGCAAGUCUCUGCUACGCCAGCGCAAGGAGGCCAUUCUGGAGCGGCACGCUACCAACGAGGCCAGCAAGGUGACGGACAUGCGCGAGUCAGCCGGCGCCAUCCUGAUGCAGUUCCGGCGAGACCUGAUGAUUCAGCGGCACGCGUUCGAGAAGAGCCUCAUCGAAGAGGAGCUGAAUGUGAUGCAGGCGCACAAGGACUCUGCGCAGGAGAUGCGUCAGCGCCACCACAGCGCCACGCAGGACGUGGAGGAGAAGCACCUGAUGGCCAUGCAGUCGCUGCGCCUCACGCAGCUGGAGAAGCAGCACACCGAGGAGUUGUCCAAUCAGACCGAGUACAACAAACGCAGCGAGAGAGAGCUACAGCGCAAACACAUGCUGGAGAUCAAACAGCAGCCGAAGAGUCUCAAGAACCGUCAGAGCCACAUUCGCAAGCACCUGCGCGGAGCCAUGAAGAUCCAGACGCAGCAGUUCAAGCAGCUGCAAAAGCAAAUCAUCGCCAACGCCCCCAAGGAGGAGCACAAGGAGUUGCUGCGUCAGUGCAAGGAGGAGCAGGAUCGGAAGAUGGCAGCGCUGGCCGGCCAGUAUGAGCGCAGCAUUGCCGAAAUGCUGCAGCAAUCGACGAUCAAGCUGGACGAAGCCCAAAUCCGUCAGCAGGGUUUGCUGCAGACGAAGCUGAAGUCUGAGCACGAGAUGCUGGUGUCGUUCCAGAAGAAGCAGAUGUCUAACCUGCUGCAGCAGCACGAGAAAGAACGCCAGGAGCUCAACAGCAAGUUCCGCAGUCGUACCGAGGAGCUGGAGAAGAAGCGGUUUGAUGAGAGCAAGCGUCUGCAGCGUAUUCGUCUGGAGCGGCAGCGGGAGCUACAGCAGCGGCAGCUGUUUGAAAUGAAGGAGUUUGAGGUGUUGCCCGGGGGUUUCCCGGCCGGCACCGCGCCGCCAGAGGUGCUAUCUCGUCGCCAGCUUGCAUCGUGAGAGAGGUGGCCAGCAUGAGAGGGCGUAUGCAGUGUCAUCUCGUGCCAUCCGGGCGGUCGAGUGUGCAUGCGUUUCCACAGUCAGAUCCAAUCCAAUCCGGGCAGCAUGAUCGCGUGUCCACGUGUGAUCAUUGUCACUGGAAUUUGCCCAGGUACACGUAUUGCUGUCGUCAUCAUCAUCAUCGACACCGCUGCAUGGAGGGGUCCAGUGACUUUGUCUGCUCUGUGCGCGCGUCUUUACGGCAUAUUCCUGCCAUAUUCCAUAGCCGUGCGUCCGUCGUAUGUGAACUUUGCUCCCCCUCCUCCCUUCUCUCUCUCUCUCUCUCUCUCUCUCUCUCUCUCUCUCUCUCUCUCUCUCAUGGGUGUGUAUGUGGGUACAAGCGCUCUCAUCCAGCCCUCGUUUCCUCUGCACACAUGUGCCUCUGUUCUUUGUUGGGAGGAGGAGGUGUGCUGCUGCUGCUGCUAAUCAGUCUAGGUAACCACCACUUGACACCAUGACCAGGAGACCCGGUGCGGUUUGCUUGUCAUGUGUUUGUGUGUCGGUGCAACGUGCACUGUCGUCGCUGUCAGUCCAUCAUCAUGAUCCCAACCCCCUAACGCCCUAACCCUGUUGGCGGAUGCUGGCGACAGUAGUUCCCUUGCCCCCCCCCCCCCCCCCCCCUCGCCCCAACUUCCUGCUAUGGCUGAGCAGAGUUUGAGGGCGUAUGGUUUGUCUGUGCAUGUCCGUGGCCGUGUCACGCUGUAUAAACAACUGUCUUGGGCGUCGCGCCGUGACCUUGAGUGUGCCCCAAGGCCCCCGUGAUCGGCGAUCCGUUUGCUGAUCUUCCCCCCUACUUCCUUCGCCGCACUUCGCUAUUGGAUGUCUUGGUAGUGUGUGUGUGUGUGUGUGUGUGUGUGUGUGUGUGUGUGUGUGUGUGUGUGUGUGUGUGUGUGUGUGUGUGUGUGUGUGUGCGGAGUGUGCUGUGUAUCUAACCGUCCAUUCUGCAUGUGUGUGUCGGCGAGCGUUGUGUGCGUGCGUGCGUGCUCCCCACUCUUGGCUUCUUUUCAAAUAUGUCUGCAUUGCUAUUUUAAUCUUGCCUCCCGAUCCCGUGGUGAUCCGUUGUGUGUGUGUGGGCGUGCGAGCAUGCACGCGUGUGUGUCGUGGGCUUUUAUUUACUGUGCGGUUCGGUCUCUCCUUGCGUCGACCACGUAUCAUGUCCACGUGAUGAUGUUUUGCCCAGUUCUGUUUCCCCCUUUUUCCCAAUCUUGCCUCCCAGUCUGUUUGCAAUGGCCUGGGGUUUCCCCUUUGGGGGGACGUGCUGAACAAACCUGCCUCUAUGUUGUUGGAGCAGUAUUGUUUCUCGCUAAUCCGGCCCACCCUGUGUUUUCAAACUAAAGACAGGCUCAGAUGGGUUCUUGUUUCGUUGCCGGGGUUUUCCUCGCUUCCCGUUUUCUGCUCCACCACAUUUCUCGUGAUAUUUUCUGUGAUUGCCAUGUUGUUUUUAUUUCUCUUGCUAGUUUCAUACGAAACACUCGUGCACGCUCUGUUCCGUCGACCGUGGUCUCUUGUGGCCCGGUCACCGCAUGAAACACACGCCUAUACUCCCUUCGUUGUUGUUUUUUUUGUUUGUUUUUGACUGCCUCCGUGUCUAUACAUGCAUAAGCGCUGUGCUGCUGUUUUCUCCCCUUCCAUGCUUUGCCCUAUCCUGUGUCUGUGCGUGUGUGUCCUUGCCCUUCUUCUGAUCCAUAUCCAUAUACAAGAGAACUAUUGCUUGCAGGGCACUUCGUACAGGUGCUCACCCCUAGUUGUUUUGUUUUCUCCCGUUAUUUUCUGCCUCGUGUUGUUGUUCCGUGCAUUGCGUGUAGGGAGAUGUGUUGCUAUCUUUCCCCGAAUUCUGUUACCAUUGAAACCGA